AUGAAAACACCCCUUUAUAAGAAGUCAUCAAAUCGUGGUUCAACAGAAGUGAAAGAGAAAGGCGUUGACCUGAGGGAUAGCUGCAAUCAAUACGCCCCGUUGACAGCGAACACCGUUCGGACGUUAACGGAUAAGCUCUACGAGAAAAGGAAAGCUGCAGCCCUAGACAUAGAGAGGAUGGUCCGGGAUCUUCAUGCCACAAAUCAAUUGUCACAGUUGGAAAAACUCCUCACAGUUCUUCGUGAGUUGGCUAUGGCAUCAAAUGGUCACACUCGAAAAGGAGGUCUUAUAGGAUUAGCGGCAGCAGCUAUCGCACUUGGAAAGAAUGCACCGCCCUAUACCGUCCACCUAAUUGAACCAGUGCUGUCGUGUUUCAAUGACCCGGAUUUGCGAGUGCGAUAUUACGCAUGUGAGUCUCUUUAUAAUAUCGUCAAAAUCUGCAAAGUCGCUGUACUCAGUCAUUUCGACCAAUUAUUCGAUGUUUUGUGGAAGUUAUCCGCGGACACCGACCAGAACGUGCGCAGUGGAGCAGAACUUCUUGAUCGUUUGCUCAUGGAUAUUGUCGUAUCGAAAGAGGAUUUUGAUAUUGCCAAUCUGAUGAGUCUAAUAAGGGACCGUAUUUAUGUCCAGACUAGCUCUAAUAGGAAAUUUAUUGUGACAUGGUUGAACGUGAUGCUCACAACACCGGCUUUCAACCUGCUACCGUAUGUCGCUGAGGUCUCCGACGGCCUCUUUAGAAUGUUAGCCGAUGGUCAACCUGCUGUUAGAGAUGUUACGGAAACUCUUUUGGGCCAGUUUUUGCAAGGAAUUCACAACAAGCCGGGAGCACUUAGUCAUGAUGAUCGGUCACAAGUUGUGAGCGUGUUGCUCGCCCAUGCGCACGAGGAUGAACCAGCUUUGGGGAGAAAACUAUCUCUUAUAUGGAUGGAUGAGUUUUUAAGAAUAUACAACGAGAAAAUGCUCCCAUACUUGUCAACCUUCUUGACCGCUGUUUUGCCUUCCUUAGAUUGUGAAGAUUUGAAAGCGAAAAGUGUCAAUGAAUAUCUUCUACAACUUAUUGAUACGAAUACCAAGAUGGACGAACAAACAAUGUCCUGCGUAGUCGAGGUUCUGCUGAAGUUUGUUGGGUAUAAAAAGCAAGAUACACGGAUAGCUGUAUUAAACUGGAUACGACAUCUGAAUGCGACAAUGCCUUCUCUGCUGUUUGUGCAUAUGGAAAGAAUCUUUCCCGUACUAUUAGGAACUCUCUCGGAUACUUCAGAUGAGGUAUUACUUCUCGACCUGCAUCUUCUUUCGGAUAUAUGUCAAUCCAACACGGAUCGCUACGAUGUGAACUUGUCAAGUUUUCAAUUAAGCGAGGAUACUAUGAAAAAUUUAGCACCAGUGUCCCCAUCUCUCAUAAAAUUUGCUGUCAGUCUUCUGGAAAUGUUCCGUGCAGAACCAGCCCUCCUCAACGACAGAGGUGUUCUUAUCAUUCGGCAACUGUGUCUUCUGAUGGAACCAGCACAUAUCUAUCGUGCUCUUUGUGUACUACUUUUGAGGGAACAAAGCAUCACUUUCAUACAGAAUGCUGUCUCAAUGCUGCAUGGAGUUCUACUGACUGCUACAGAGUUGUUUAUUCUGCGGGAUCAACUACGGAAGCUGGAAGGAAAGGACUCAGUAUCGUUAUUUGAAUGCGUCUUUCGAUGUUGGUGCUACCGGCCGAUAGCCCUACUUGGAUUAUGCCUACUUUCCCAAAACUAUGCACAAGCAGCUGAAAUCGCUUUGCUGUUGUCAGAGGUGGAUAUGACGUUGGAUGUACUCGUGGAAAUUGACAAACUGGUUAAUAUGAUAGAGAGCCCUGUGCUAGCGUAUGUUCGUAUGGAUCUACUGUCGGCAUCCCACCAGCGCUCAUUGUCUACCGUGCUCUCGGCUCUGUUGAUGUUAAUGCCGCAAUCCGAUGCUUUUCAUACCUUGCACAAACGUUUACAAG